CAAUUUUCCCCAACCCUUUCCUCUCUCUCUCUCUCUCUCUCUCUCUCUCACUCACAGUAAUGUCCUCCGCCACCGAAUCCUCUCUCCUCUCCAAACUCGAAUCCUCUUCCCCCUCCACGGCGGAAACGCUCUUUCCUCUCUUCUCCAACUACCUCCACCCUUUCUCAGAUCUCACAAACCACCAAAUCCGUCCCCUCGCCAAGCAAUUCCUCCCCUUCCUCAAUCGCGCCCUUUCCCUCCUCCCCAAGUGCCUCUCCUCUUCCGAUCCACGCUCCUCAAAUGACCGAUUUGCCCUCGACCUCCUCAACAUUUACCAACUCUGCCUCACUUGCUUGGACUCCCUCUCUUCCCAGCUCUCUUGUAAACCCUACUCCGUUCACGUCCAGAGAGUUCGCUUGUUGCAUUGUAUGGAGGGGUUGGGGCGGUACCGCGACGCUGAGGCCGAGGGGUUUAGGGUUUUGGAGAGCUUCAGAGGGAUGGAUUUUGGCGUGAAAGUGAAGAAAUCGGCAAAUUCGGUGGGGAAGUUUGUGCCGGACGUGGAGAAAAGUUGUGGAGAUAAGGAGUUUGCGCUGUUGGUUGUGGAGGUGGUUGCAACGAUGGUGAAGUGCGCGGCCUUGGGGCAGAGGAAGGACGAGGAGGUGUAUAGGAGGGUGAUUGGUUUGGUUGAGGAGGUUCGGCCGUGGUUUAGGGUAUUAGAUGCCAAUGCAUAUGAGAAGUUGCACAGGGCGCUUGUGACUUACCUGGGGAAAUGUACUUUAUUUUUGGUGGGGGAGCUAGCAUGUUUUAAUGGGGAUCUAGUACGUGCAUUCUGCUAUGCUACAAUCUCCGAGUAUGCAAAGUCAUCAUUAAAAGAUCAAAUUUACAAGGUUGUGCGGAGGAUAUGUUCAUCUUUAUUCUUGCUACUAGAGAAUAGAUCGUUGCUCAUCAUUGACUUAUUAAUGUGUGUGUUGGAUUCCAUUACCUAUGAAUGCAAGUUUAUUUUAUUUUUCCAGUUCGAAGUGGAAAAUACUGGAAUAGAGUAUGUUGAACUUGUCUCUUAUUGUGCCAAUAAAUGUCGAACUUCAAGUGCAAACUUAAGUAUUACAAUGGCGACACAUCUAAACAAAAUAGCAGGUGAUUCCUAUCAGGUUAGAUCUCCCUUUGAUAUGAUACUGAGGCUUUAUGCAGCUGGGUUGCACCUUAUCAAUUCGGAUGCGAAGUCCAGAGGUGCUAUUCGAAUUUUACAUGAUGAUGGGGAUAUACUGAAGAACUUAGCUGCUUUGCUUGGUUCUUUGGGUAGUUACUUUCAUAUUAGCUGCAAAGAGAAUUGUGUGACAUCUAAUGUCAAACAAACAGAUUCUGUUCGUCAGAGUUGUUCACAAUUGAGUUCUGGUUAUGAGGCAUCUAUAGAUUGCAUUCAGAAUGAUAGAAAAGCUUAUCUGCUAUUUUACCUAAAUGCGUUGAAAUUCUUAUGCCAGCCCCUAGCGGAUUUAGUAAAUUCAGAAAGGAAACAGCUUGUUAGUGAAAAUGAAGAUGCUUUUAUUACUACAAAACUCAGUAUAAUUCAGGAUGCAUUCUAUCAGUUUGCUGAUAUUUUUCUUUCCUGUCAAAGUUGUAUAUAUGAAGGGGAGAGAGAUGGAUUCGAUGAAAACAGCAAAGCUGUAAUUAGUGUAGCUAUCGCCGCUUUCACCAUCUCUGCCAGAACAAAGCUUAAAAUGAAGAGGAGUAUGCAUUUAGUUAAACACAUUAUUACCAGUGAAUGGGUUCAAACUCAAGGGCUAAAACACCUAUUUGCCUCUUUUCACAACAUCGGAGUAUUUUUGUACAGAAAUAAGCAAGUAAUAGAGGCUUCCAAGGCAUUGAAAUUAUGUUGUAGGGCAUCAUGGACUUGUGUCAAACGUCUUUGCCAGAUUUUUGUACAGAAACCAAAAGGGUUAGAGGUUGAUAUUUCAGAAGACGCUAUUAUAGAAUUUGUUAAUGAGGCUUGCACUAGAAGUGCUUUUCUUUUGGAUGUUCUCCAUCAGUGUGAUAGUCAUAAGGUGAAAAGGACAAUUGCAGAGGUCCUUGAAGAUUGGUCUGUUCCUGGAGAGGUGUUUGAAAUGCUGUCAGGUCCUGUACCCUUGGUGAAGCAGUGGGUAAAGAUCGAAUGUAAACGUUGUACAAGCAUGGCUGAGGGGGGUAGUGCUCCAACUUUGUACUGUUUGCUGUCAUCUUCUGUGCAAGUGUCAAAGAGGACAGUUGGCAUAAUCUUAGAGCAGGAACUGCUUGCGUAUGAGGAAAUGAAUGCGUUUUAUCCAGAAUUUUGUCAGCAAAUGCAAAUGAAAAUUAUUGGUAUCCUCCUGCGAGAUGUGUAUGUUACACCUCAUAAUUAUUUACAAAAAUCAAGAAUUUUAGUGAGAAAGGGAAAGGCAUUAAGAGUCUGUGGGAUUGAAGGUUUGAAGGACAGUAUUCAGUGUCUGUCAGAAUCCAUAUAUACAAUUCGUGAGGUGUAUGGUGAAACAUGUAGCUGUGGAAUCCCAACUUGUCAUCAAUUAGCUGUGACGUACUGCUUACGUGCACUAUGUACCCAGGAAGCCGAACCAAAUUCAAAGCAAAUCUUCCAAGAUAUUAAUGCUGCCCUGCAGUUAUGGUUGAGCAUUUCUAUUCCAGAUCAUUGCUCUGCAGAUGACCUGGGCUCUAUGCUGCCAGAAAAUACACUGCUACUACUGUAUAAUAUUAUUGAUAUGUUAUCACUGAAGGGUUGCAUGGAUUUUCACCAUGACAUAUAUAGGCUGAUGACUAGAUUAUUCAAAAGCAAGAAUGUUCCACUAGAGAAUUUUUUGGCCAAACUGUGGGAAAGUAGAAGGACUAGUCAUGCACUUUGUAUUUCACCUGUAAAUGAGACAUUAAUCAUUAACUUAUCUGAGCAGUAUGGUGACCUUUGUAAGUCUGUUGAUUUCUGGAUACGUUGUCUAAAGGGGUCACAUCCACUGUUAGUUGGCUUCCAACAGAGUUUCUCAUUUUCAUUUGCAAGUUCCCAGGCCUCUUGCAAUCUUGAGAGCACUUUUAGAUCAGAUAUCACAGUUGAUGAAGUUAAAGAGGCUGCAUUUCAGCUCAUUUCAAGUGCUUCUGUGCCCAGUCAAUCUGUGUUCCUUGCUGGAUAUCUUUACUAUGACUUGUGUGAAAGACUUGUUUCACAUGGAAGGAUAAUUGAGGCUCUUUCAUAUGCAAAAGAAGCUCAUCGGUUGCGUACUAGACUUUUCCAAGAAAAAUUUAUGUACUCUGUUGAGCAGCACACUGAAAAGUACAAUGAAACUGGGGAUGUCAUUCAGAAGCUUACUUACGGCCUUAAGAACCUCCAAAUUCGCAGAUCAAUUGCUACUGAAAUUUGGUCCUUUGAUACUAUUCAAUGGGACUUGGAAGGCUGUUAUCUUAGCCCAUGGAAUGUACUUCAAUGUUAUCUUGAAAGCACUCUUCAGAUUGGGAUUAUUCAUGAAAUUACUGGAAAUGGAGCUGAAGCUGAAACUUUUUUAAUCUGGGGAAAAAACAUCUCUUGCUCACAAGGCUUGCCACUAUUUAUAGUUGCUUUCUCCUCUGUCUUAGGAAAACUAUACCGUAAGAAACAACUUUGGGAUUUGGCUGAGAAGGAACUUCAAAGUGCCAGGAAAAUUUUAAUGGAUACCAGUACAACUUUUUCUUGCAUAAAGUGCAGAUUGAUGAUGGAAGCAACUCUUGAUCAGCAUCUAGGUGAUUUAUCACGAAGUAAUUCUGAUAGAACUACGGCAGAUACUUCUGUAGAGAGAUUAUCUCAUGCUGAAAAUCAGUACAAAUUGGCCCUGGACAAACUAGAUCUUUCCGUGUGGAAAAACUGUGUUAGUUGUCCUGAAAAGGAAAAUGCUGAAAGAAUGAUGCUUGAGAAAUUUUUUGUGAAAGAUGCCGAAUGUGUUGGCAGCAAUAAUUCAUCUAAUUUUGUAGAAAAUGAUCACGGCACAGGGAAAUCCACAAGAGAGGCACCAAAAGCGAAGAUGGAGGCCAAAAAGUCUAGAAAGAAUGCUCCAAAACCUUUACUAAAGGAUCAGUGUUUAAUCCCUGAGAAUAAUUCAAGGGUAACUCGUUCCAGAUAUCGAUCUACACAGAACGUAAGUAUGAAAACAUCUGGUGAGUUGCAAGUAGGCCUUUCGAGAUGUUUGAAAGACAAUAAUGGAUCUGAUUGCUCUGAUACGCUUAGCCAGAGGGAGUUACUCAUGGAAACGAAUGGUUGUAUAGUUUCCUCUGGCUGUGAAGUAAAAUGUAUUCCGGACAAAAUGAGGUGUUGGCAUUGUCUUCUAAUGGAAGUUAUGAAAUCUGGGUUAUUGAAUAAUUUUCUAAAUAUGAAGUGGGAGCUUGUCCGGAGACGGCUUUCAUUGAGGUUACUCACUGGCAUAGGAAAAUGCUUAGGGGAUCUUGGUCAGAUUCAUGAUACACAUAAAGUUUUGUUUCAAAGCAUAUCAGUCCUACUUAGCAGAAAUUCGUUUGGUUAUGUUGACUCUUCCGUUCCACCUACUUUUUUGCUUGAUUUUAUUGGAAAGGAGAUAUCUGGAGAUGCAUUCACUAUUGAGCGUGCAGCGAUACUUUUUAACAUAGCUUGGUUUUCUUUGAAGAGUUACCAUUCUAAGGAUACCAGGACCUCUUGCUGUGAUCUGUUUGACAUUCAUUUACCAAAAUUAGUGUCUUGGUUGAUGCUGGCCUUUGUUCUCUGCCGUGAGGUUCCUAUACUUUUUCAGAAGGUUUCUAAAUUACUUGCUACCAUAUAUGUACUUUCUGCCUCAACUGAGUUUUUUCCGUUGUCCCCUUCUUGCAAAGCACUCUCUGAAAAUCAUUGGGCUUCAUAUUUUCAUCAAGCUUCACUUGGCACUCAUCUUAAUUACCAGUUCUUUUCAAAUAUGAUUGGGAGAUGCAAAGUACAACACCCUGUGGAUGCUGAGGGCUCACAUGUUACUGGCUGCGGAGUAGAAGAAACAAGCAACUUGAUCAGGCUUGCACCUGACUCUAUUAAGGAUCUUGAAGAAUUUGUAGCAAAAUUCUUUGUGGGCCUUCCUUGCAUGACAGUCAUUUGCAUAAGUUUGCUUGGAGGAGCUUAUGCUAGUUUAGUAAAGGAUUUGCUGUGUUAUCCUACAUGUGUGCGUGCAUGGAUGCUAGUGUCGCGCUUGAACUCUAAGAGACAACCUGUUGUUGUACUUUUGCCAGUGGAUCCGGUUAUAGAAGAAGCUUCCGAUGAUGAUGCUAACUCUGGCUCUGAUAAACUUUAUAAGAGCAUGGACUCGGGUGAACAUUGGCACUGUCCAUGGGGUUCCACUGUUGUUGAUGAUGUAGCUCCUGUGUUUAAAUUGAUAUUGGAGGAGAACUACUUAUCAUCUUCAAUGUUUCCUUUAGAAGAUACAAAAAGGAAUAGGACACUAUGGUGGACGUGGAGAAAGAAGCUUGAUUGUCAGCUGGGUAAAUUGCUGAGGAACAUAGAGGAUUCAUGGUUGGGUCCUUGGAAAUAUUUGCUUCUGGGAGAAUGGUCUAAUUGCAAGCUCCUGGACAUAGUAUAUAAGAAACUGGUGCGUGAUCUAAAAUCUAAGUGCAAACUGGACGUAAAUGAGAAUCUUCUAAAGGUUAUUCUUGGAGGCUCCAAGUAUGCAUUUGAAGGAGAAGCAUGUAUUUCACAGCAGUGCUUAAGAAGUGGUUGCUAUGUUGGUAGAGUAGGAUAUUGCGAUGAAGCAAAGUGUGGGACAUUGUCUUAUGCCUCUAAUGGAGUAGACAAGCAGUCUGAGCUGGCCUUCCAACUAAUACAAGAAGCAGCGAAUGAGCUUGAAGGGGAAGAAGACUCUAUAAAUCGAGAGCCAAUAAUUCUAGUGUUGGACUGUGAAGUGCAGAUGCUUCCAUGGGAGAAUUUACCAGUAUUAAGAAACCAGGAGGUUUAUCGCAUGCCUUCAGUUGGCAGCAUCUCUGCAACACUUGAUAGAAGCCACCACCAGCAAGAGCAAGUUGGGAGGAUUUGUGCCACCUUUCCUUUGAUAGAUCCCAUGGAUGCAUUUUACUUGUUGAAUCCCAGUGGUGAUCUCAGCAGCACACAAGUUGAAUUUGAAAACUGGUUUAGAGAUCACAACUUGGAGGGGAAGGCUGGAUCUGCACCGACCGCUGAAGAAUUGGUUGCGGCCUUGAAAAGCCAUGAUCUCUUUAUUUAUUUUGGCCAUGGAAGUGGAGCACAGUACAUUCCUAGGCAUGAGAUUCAAAAACUUGAAAACUGUGCUGCGACUCUUCUGAUGGGAUGCAGUAGUGGUUCUUUGACGCUAAAUGGAAGUUAUGUUCCACAAGGAACUCCACUAUCCUAUCUGCUAGCUGGUUCUCCUGUCAUUGUUGCCAAUCUAUGGGAAGUGACAGACAAGGAUAUUGACCGAUUUGGGAAGGCCAUGCUUGAUGCUUGGUUAAGAGAAAGAUCAAGUCCUUCCUUAGGUUGUGCCCAAUGUGAUUUAGUAGUGGAAGAAUUUGAUGCCAUGGCAAUAAGGGGCUGUAAAGGUAAUGUGAGGAGGAAAACCCGAAGGAAGAAAUCACCUGAAGCUCAUGACAAAAGUUCCUUUAAGGACUCCUGUGACCAUGGUCCAAAGAUUGGAUCAUUCAUGUCUCAGGCUCGUGAAGCUUGCACACUUCCUUUUUUGAUUGGGGCAUCACCAGUAUGUUAUGGUAUACCAACAGGUAUAAGGAGAAAAAUGGAUUUAUAUCACGUCUGAGUAGGUGUUCAACUGUUCGUCAAUAUUAGCUUGGACAGUUACCAUUCUUUUUUUUUCCCCCCCCCCCCCCCCCCCCCAAAACAUCUCCCCAAAUUUAUUUUUUUCUAUUCUCCAUUUUAUAGAAGAUAAAUGUCAAACAUUCAUUGGCAGGAAGAGUCGGCAAAGAUGGGCCCUUAAAUCUUCAAUCUUUUUUUUUCCCCCAAAAAAUUUCUAAUCCCCAUUUUAUAGAAGAUGCAUUUCAAACAUGCAUUGGAAGGAAGAGUAAGUGAAGAUGGGGUCUUCAUCUUACAUCUAGUGCAUAGUAAAAAGUCUUAACUCUUGUUGCCCCUUGCAGUUUUCAAUCCUCAACAUUUGGUUUUCCCUUUUUUACUUAACUGUAACAUUCUGUUAUUACUGUAAGCCCCCUGUGCAACCCUUGUCUAAGUUAAUGUUGAAUUAUUCCCACAUUCCAUCCCAUGAAUUGACUAUUUCCUUUGGAAUAGGGAGGAUUGGAAAGUGCAGAUUUGAUAUUGCAUUGUAAAUGAAAAGAAAUUAUCUAGUUUAGCUUGCUUUUAGUGUCUUCAAUUUUGUAAAAUAUUGUACUGUUGGCUGACUGGAAUGGCCAUUGAUUUAGCAAUAUCCACUAGGGUGACUUUCCAAGGAUCAACCGCUUAAUUUAGGGUGGUCCAUGUUUUAAA